AUGUUCUUGAACGCGCAUGACAAUAUCAAGGGGGACAUGUUUUACCUUUCCCGGCUCUUCACGGGCCACCCAUACAUGGCGGAGGCGGCGCGCGAGGAGCGUGCACAUGGAGGAAGUGACCUUUUACAGCAGAACCUGGAUGCGUUGCAAAAGAGGUUUGGCGCCACGGUGGCGAAAGGCUGCGGGAACUGUUCAGCACCCACGCCCCCCGCGGCAUCUGACCCAAAGGAGCUGUCGGCGUCCGACAAGCUCAAGGAGCAUAUCAAGCAGCUCGAGAAAGCCAGACUCGAGCAGAACGUGUCCGAGCAGCUGGAGCUCGCGGUCGCGGCGGAGGAAAAUAUCGACCGAUUGCGAGCGCAGAUCGAAACCAAUGAUGAAGAGACUGCUGUGCUUAAUCGCGAGCUGGUCUCCACUUUGCCUCUGGCCCCCGCGGUGUCUUUGGACGUGGAUCCCAAUGACCUCGACAGGCACCCUCAGAAGGAGUCGCUCAAGGCCUUCAUGGAGUCUGACGUUUCCAAGGUGUUCGCCGAGGUUUGCGGCGAGAGCAUCAGGGUCAAGGAAGCACCCAAGCCUGCUGCCUCUUCCCUCGCGCCAGGCAGCGCCAGCGGUGCCCCUCCUGGCCCUGGCGAUGGUAGCGGGGGACAUGGUUCAGACGAGCGGUUCAGUGGCGAGUCCAUCAGCGCCCCCGACGAUCAAGAGAUCGAUACCACCGUUGAUUCCACGAUCGCAGCCGUCAAGGAGGACGCGCCUUUUUGCGGCGCGUCAAGCAGCGAGGACUGGGCCGCGCCGCGUGCAGUGGCUAAAGCAGCGGCCGAGGCGGCCCCCUCAGCACCCGUUGCACGGCCUCGGGAGCCCCCCACAGCGGCAUGGCGCUACUCCGCCAACGACUUCGAGCUGGAGCUCAAGCUGCACUGGAGAGGAGGCGCGCUGCAAAAGUUGUCGCAGAGUGUACACGCGCUCAUUGGCGGCUGGGCGCUGCGCGAAAUACGCUCGGUGCGCAGGUUUGCUUGGGGGUCUGGCGUUGCUGGCCUGGGCAAGGCGGACAUCCUCGGCAAGUUCGAGCAAAAGCAGGCGGCGGAUCGGCGGGAGGAGAGGGCGUCUGCCUACCUGGAGUCGCGAGGCACGGCGGGAGGGGACAGGAGCCUGGAGGGCCGCGGCGCGCCCCUGGCCGAGAGGGACGAGGACCGCCAGAUGUUCACGUCCGACGCGGGCGAGCGCGCACUCACCCGCGCGCUGAAGGAUGCGGGCAUCCGGCCCGCGAGCAUCGAGGCGGCGGAGGAGCUGCGGAGGGCCGAGGAGCGCGUCGUGGCCGGCCUAAGGUACGCGCUGCGGAAGGACAGGGGUGCCAGCACGCUGGACCUGGAGGAUGCGGUGCGGAUGGCCCGCGAGCACUGCGCGCAGCUGGUCAAGCAGUACAACUCCGCCCUGCUCCUCGACAAGGAGACCUUCGGAGGCAGCUGGCCUCUGCAGCAGCGGAAGCAGCGCUCGAUCGAGGCGGGGAUUCUCCGCCGUGAUUCCUGUCGCAGCGCUCUAGGUGAGCGGCUUGCAAAGCUCGGCAAAAAGUGCGAGCCCUUCGCGGAGCCGCACAAAAGCUCUUCCACGCCGCCCGCGCGGGAGACGAGGUCCCCCUCGCCGUUCCAGUUCACCCCGCCGGCGCGGGCCACGGCGCAGCUCACGCCCCGCAGGGCCGCCGCGGAGGAGGCCGCGUGGCCCCGUGGGCGCCUGCAUCUCUCGCGACACUUCGAGGGACAGCAGCCUCGAGAAGUUCCACGAGCGGGCGAGGGAGGCGGGCCCGGGGAGGCCUGGCGUCCUCGAGCGCGCCUACGCGCAGCCGGAGCACCGCCAGGAGCUGCUGGAGCUGCUGGUCAACAGGUGGGACGAGGCCAGCCUGGGGCUCAGGGACGAUUGGCUGGUGACGACGAUGUGGACGCUGGACCGCGUGCGGCUGCGGAAACGCGUGGACGCGGACUUGAGAUCACCAGGAUGCAGGUCCUCCGACUCGUGGGACGCCCAGGAGCGGGACCUGUGGGCCGCAGCCCUGAUGGUGCUGAAGAUGUCCGAGGCGGAGACGCAGCUCGACCGCAACAUGAAGAGCGUCGUGGUCAGGCUCGCCCGCAGCAGCCUGCAGGCGCAGAGGCCGGGCUGGCCCGUGGACAGGGCCAGCAUCCAGAGGAUGUGGGACGACAUCUCCAGGCACGAGAUGGCCGCGCUCCGCGCCCUGGAAUGGCGGACGGCAACGCCAUCGCCGACCUGCUGGCCUGGCUUGCCACCGACCUGACGUCCAGCGCGCAGCUCCCGGGGAUGUGGAAGCUGCAUAAGCCGCUGGCAGGCCACGCGCGCCAGGGCCACGCGUCGCACCAGACGCUGGAGCUGGCCCUGGACGGCACCGUGGUCCUGCGGGAGGUUGCGGACCCGAGCGCCGAGGGGGUCGCGGGCGGCACCUCGGCGCCCCCGCUCGAGCUGAGGCGAGGCAAGCUGCGCCCCGCCCGUGGCGCCUGCGGGGCCUGCCCCGGCGGCGAGCUGCCCGAGGAGGACGGCUUCGUGCAGGAGAUCCACUGGCAGCAGGCGGACUGCGCACCCCUCCUCGUGAAGCUGCACACGCCCGCCGGCGCGCCCGGCGCCGCGCACCCCGAGCUGCUGCUGCGGCCCCGUGGCCCGGCCGGCUCCGCGGACGCCGCGCGAGCCGAGCGCACCGAGCAGGCCCCGAGUUCCGCGUGGCAGGGGCUCCCGAUGGGCCGGGUGCACGACGCGAGGGAGCCGCUGCCCGGCCAGCCGCAGAACCCGUCCUGCUCCAACCCGCUCUACCCGAGGUUCGUAUUGCUGGCGCAGUACUUGGUCCAGCUUGGCUUGGUCUACGCCCCGCUGGAGGAGAUAUACGGGGAGGAGGUGCCGCCCGCGGCACUGCCGCUCGCCGCGCUGCGCUUGGCGCUGGGCGCGUUCGGCGCGCCCCCGCCAGAGCCGUGCGCCACGCGGCUGGAGGAGCUGCUCGGCAGGCUGCUGCGCCCCGCGGAGGCGCUCCGGCUCCCGCGCCUCGAGGCGUGCCUGCACCGGCUGUGGUCAGAGCCCGGCGGCGGCGCCGUGGCACGGCUGUGGCGACGGCGCGCAGGCUGCACCGGCCUCGACGUGGGGCACGGCCCCAAGCCGGGCCCGCUGCCCUGGCGCAGGCCGCAGGGCGCGUGCCUCCGCUGCGCCGCCCUCACGCCCGAGACGCCGCGGUCCAAGGGCACCGACGCCCAGAUGGCCACGCCGGCGAAAGGAGCCGCGCUGCAGGAGGCGGUCGAGGCCAGC